CAAGACGUACCCAUCGAACGCGGCCACACCGCACCGCAAGCACCUUCCGAGAACUCACGUAGGUAGUCUUUCGCGUGCUCGUUCGUUCGGACGUCGUCAUGACGUGCCAUCGUCACCGCCGCCAAUGCGAUAGAUGAAAAACGCCAUCGGCCGUUGCGUUUUACAGCAGCCGACGACCAAACAUGGAAGCCGUGGUCCAAUUCGAUUACGCUGCACGCGAACCCGACGAAUUGACGUUGAAGAAGGGAGACGUCAUCACUGAUGUCAAACCCAUGCCCGACGGAUGGAUGGAAGGACACAAGGAUGGCAAGAAAGGAAUGUUCCCCGACAACUACGUUAAGAUCGUUCAUACUUCGGCUGGUGUUGUUUUGAGAAAAAAAAAUGCAAGAAAGUGUAAAGUGUUGUUUAGUUACAAACCAGCAAACAGAGAUGAACUGGAGUUGAACAUAGAUGAUGUUAUCGAAGUUCUUGGCGAAGUAGAGGAAGGUUGGUGGAAAGGAGAGCUUAGAAAUGAAAUUGGUGUAUUUCCGUCUAACUAUGUUACUGAAAUAUCAGACACUAAGAGUAUCAGUAGAAGUGACUCCAAAACUUCUACUGGAUCCCUUAAGAAAGAAGAAAAUAUUAAGAAAGAAAAAUCUGUUGUGGAACCAAUCAAAACUGCUGAUAAUAAUAUAGAAUCCAAUGCUCCAGUUCUACCUCCAAAACCAGCUAAAGAAGUUUGUGUUGCACUCUUCCCUUACGAAGCUGUCAAUAGUGACGAAUUAUCACUAGCCGAAGGCGAUAUAGUUACUAUUUUAUCACGUGAAGUAGAGGACAAAGGCUGGUGGAAAGGAGAGCUCAAAGGAAAAAUUGGUGUGUUUCCUGACAAUUUUGUUCAAAUAAUGAAUCAAGAUGAGUUGGCAACUAAAUCGGAAAAAACUGCCAGUAGUCCACGUAGCGGUACAACGGCUUCACUGCGUAAAGUUUUUCAGAGCCAAAUGGAAAAUAAAUCUUUGGGACCAGUGGUGAGCAAAAAACCAGCUCUGCCACCACCACCUCCUACGACCAAAAAACCACCCACUGCCAAAAGCUCUUCUACGUCUUCCUUGUCAAAAACUAUUAGUGGUAUUAAAUCAAUGUUGAAUUCGGAACAAAAUUCUACAGAUAAGAUGAAACAUAAUAUAACAUCUGAAAUUGGUGAUUCUAAACAAUACGGUAGUAUAGCUGUAAAACGUUCAGAGUCUGUAGGUUCUAUGAAAAAAUCGGCCGAUUCGCCAGAUGGAUCAAGUAUGAGUAGAUCAAUAUAUCAUGUUACGCCAGAAUCGUCUCCUACAUCAUUAGUGUUCACAAAUCAUGAUAAUAGUUCUUCUGAGCCCAAGAGUCCUGAUUUUGAUCAAAUAGAAAGAACUGCCAUGCUUAGUCAUCCAACAGCAUCUCGAGCUAAAGCACCUAGAAGGAGACCACCAUCUGCAGCGUUUAGUGUACCCAGCGAGGAUGAUCCUUCACUAGAUCCUCCGCCAAUAAAUGGAAUACCUGGUGUGGAUAAAGAAAAAGCCCCAUGGGUUCAAGAGUUGAAGAUGAAUCAGGCAAAGAAAUCAUCAAUCGCUAAUUCUGUGAUAGGUGGUGGUAGAACACGAGUGAUGAUUAAUCCGUCCACAACCACUAUAACAUCAGAAAGUUUAGAAACCACAACAGUUACGUCCAGAUCAGGAUUAACUUCAGUAGGCCUGGGUGGUGUUGUUUUUAAACCUCCUGGUUAUGUGCCACCUCUUACCACACCUGAACCUGUAACAGUGAGCACACCGACCAGUCCUGUUGCACCUACAUCUGCUGAUUUUAAUCUGUCAACAGUGGAGGGAAAUUUAAUAACAGUGUUAAAUGAAAAGGUCAAACAAUUGGAGUCCACUGUUCAACUGCAAAACAGUUUACUUGACAAAUUGUCGACAAAGUUGGAAGUGGAAAUUGAAAAACGUAUGGAGAUUGAGAAGGAAAUGAAAAAAAUCAUGGAACUCGUAACAAGAGUAUGAUUUUUACAACAGUAUUUCCAUAUAAAUUAAAUUAAUAGUUAUAAUAAUGAAAAGAUAAUCAAAUAAGUACUUAAAACCAUUACCAAUUUGUUGUUUAUAAUUUAUUUACUUCACGUGUAGCCAUGUAUUGAAUAUCAUGAUUAUGGUAAGAGUAUGUACAUUUUUAAUCAAUUUGUAAUUAUAAUUAAAAUUUAUUCCAAGAUUCCAUGCCAAAACUCUAAUCUCAAUUCUGUGUUAUGUCUCAUCGUAAAAAAAUGGUUUAUUAAUUAUUAUCUUUUGUGUAUAAUUAUACACAUGUCCCUUGCACAUAAUUUAUUUAUUUUUUAUUCUUCUAGUCUAUAAAGUCAAAUUGUUCAUCAUCUUCAUUAGCAUUUAUAAUUAGUAUUAUUAUUGUGUUUUAAUCAUUCCUUGAAUUUUAGUUCAUUUUGAACACUAAAUGUGAUAAACAAUGGCAUUUGACAGUAAAUAGUUAAUUCAGUUUUCACACUGUACAUUUAGUACUAAAUAAAACAAAAUUCUAAAUCAUUGGAUAAUCAAUUCAAUUUGUAUACUAUUAUAAUAUCUUCAAAUAAGCACAUAAAGAUAAUUUAAAUUUUUCAACUAUAAAGGUGCCACCUGUGUUAAUUUUCUAUAUAAAUUUUAAAGUGAUUUUUAUACCUAUUUUUUUAACAUUCCUUAGGGUACACACAUUAUUAUUCAUUAUAACUACAAAAAAAGUAAUGUACUUACCCAUAAUUGUUUUUAGUAAUAGUAUGCAAUUAGUGUGUUCUGUUAAGUUUUGUUAUGUAUGUUUAGACUGCCCGAAAUGUGGUGUCUACAGUGUUUGAAAAUGAAUGUAUGGAAAAAUUAAUGUUAAUCGGAUGUUCAGUUGUAAUUUUAUAAAUUGGCUUACAAACCAAUAUUCAUAUACAUACUUUAUUAAAAUACAAAUUAUAUUUUUGUAUAUUUAUUUUAUUAAUUAAUUCCCUAGUCCAAUUUUUAUAUCACUAAAUGUUUAAUGUGCUAAAAAUUGAUUUUUUUAUUUUACACGUAAAUUAUUCAGUCAUGGCUUAACCGUUUUCUACCAUUAUUGUGUUAGACUAUAAUUUUAUAUUUUAUAUAAAUCAUAUUAAUUUUAAUAGUUUUUAUUUUAUACUAAUUUAUUUUUAGAAAAUAUCUAGUUUAAUUCUUGUUCAACGAAUUGUGUACAUAAAAUGUAUUUGAUUGUAUGUUUUUAAGAAAAAUUAUGUGCUUAAAAAAUAGGCAAACGACUGAUUUUGCACACAAUAUGCUCUACACAAUAUAACCGUCAUGAUCUAUGUAAUUAAACAUAUUAUGCCUCUCCCCCUGUAAUCGACUGUCCCUCCAACGACCAGUAAUAUUUAUUUAGUUAAUUUUUUUUAUGUUUACCUAUAUUUUCAUAAAUAAAAUCUUAUAAUAGCAAUUAUUCAGAUAAAUAAAAUAUAUAAACAUUUUGUAGACAUUAUUUUUUCCAAAAUGUGGAGAAUCUAAGCCAAUAACAAUGUUAUACAAUUAUAUACCAUUGAUUAUUAUAAAUAUUUUUAUCGUAGAAAAAUGUUUAAUUAUCAUUCAAAUAUUAUUAUUAUUAUUAUUAUUAUUAUUAUUAUUACUAACUAUUGUAAGUUGUCCAUCGGUGUCAUAUAUAUUUUAUAAAUUGUUAAUUUUUAUUUCCAAUAAAAGUAUUUAAAAUAUA